AUGUCAAGCGUUGUUGCUCCUGGCGAGCUCAAGGCGACAGUACGAAAGCCACGGGGUAAGAGGAAGAGAUCAGAAAUUGAAAAGGAAACCUCUGUACAGAAUGACCAGAAUGGUGUUGAAUCUUUGGGGGAUGGUCCACCGAACACCGAUGGCGCAGCUUCCACCGACACUCAGAAGACGGCCAAGUCCUGGAAGCGGGCUACGUUAAAAAAGGCUGGGUCAACACGGAAUAGCACGGCCAGCGUAGAAGCCGCGGCCGAGGAGUGCAAGAUCGAGUGGCCCCAACGCUUCGAGGACUUGGAAAAGACACAUCGCGCUCUAAAUCUUGUUUUCACUUUUUGUUGUACUCGCAAACACCUCGCCACCACGUUUGAGACUAUCAAAUCCUCGGUAGAAUCGCAUACAAAAACUUCGCUAACAGUCGAAGAUAUCGCUGCCAUCGCCGCCAUACGCCCCGAAGGUAUCAAUUUUGCCUAUGUCGAUGAGAUCAUGCUGCAGACAGAGGUCAGGGGCGCUGAGCGCGAUGUGGUGUUCAAGAAAGGGCGGGACUUCCUCUCUCAGGCUCCCGCUCCGGAUGCCUCUGUCGGGGGUAUUUCGGGUAUGGAAAAGCUCGAUCACCACCCCGAUGAUGCUGUUGAAGGAGGCAAGGAAGUGCUGUACUUUGAGUUCGUGGAUGGCGACCUGAAGCGCCAGGUGAAGGACAAGAAGACGGGCGAGAUCAUCAAGCCGAACAGGAAGCUGAGAGAAGAGACUCUUAAGAUGCCUGUCUACAGCCAAAAGCAGAUGACGAACUUGAUCGAGAGGCGGAAUCAAAAGUUCAACGAUGCCAUUAACCAGUUUCUCAACCAAUGCGUUGCUGAUGGCCUGGACCCUGAGCUGAGUCUGGCAACAGCAACCGAGGCUCAUAUUCCUGUACCGACUAUCGCAGAGGAGGUGGAGCCAAAGGAUCUCGGAGCGUUGCCUGAGUCAAUCCCGACGGAGCGAAAAAGUGUCCCAGAAAUUGUGCAGGAGCUGAAAGAAUGCUCUUGGUACACUGGGCAGAUUGUGCCCGAUGGACACCGGGUAUUCGAGCCGCAAGAACCUGUAUACGGCGAUCUAAACUUCCUUCUCAGUCAGGAUCUCGUGAAUGCGCUGUACAACGCAAAGGGCAUCACGCAAUUCUUUGCGCAUCAGACUGAGGCCAUCAAUGGCUUGCUUGAAGGGCAGCACGUCGUCGUGGCAACGUCGACGAGUUCCGGCAAGUCUCUGAUCUACCAGCUGCCGGUGAUCCACGCCCUGGAAGAGAACCCGCACACUCGAGCCAUGUAUAUAUUCCCGACGAAAGCCCUGGCGCAAGAUCAAAAACGGAGUUUGAGGGAGCUUAUGAGCUAUAUGCCGGGCAUGGAGGAAGUGCUCGUGGAGACUUUCGAUGGAGACACCCCGAUGAAAGAACGCAAUGUGAUUCGAGAGGAGGCGAGAAUCAUCUUCACCAAUCCAGACAUGCUGCACAUCACCAUCCUACCCCAAGAGGAAAGGUGGAGGACGUUCCUGAAGAAUCUCAAAUAUGUCGUCGUCGACGAGCUGCACUACUACAAUGGGCAGAUGGGUUCUCACGUGGCAUUCAUCAUGAGAAGACUGCGAAGAAUUUGUGCUGCUGUUGGCAACCGCCACAUCAAGUUCAUCUCAUGUUCUGCGACAGUGGCAAAUCCAAGGCAGCACUUUAAGACAAUUUUCGGCAUUGAAAAUGUGCGGCUGGUUGACUUUGACGGAUCACCGUCGGGCCGCAAAGAGUUUCUCUGCUGGAACACGCCGUAUAGGGACCCUGGAGAUCCGGCGAGCGGUCGAGGUGAUGCCUUGUUUGAAUGUGCUCGCCUUUUCUGCCAGCUCAUGCUCAGGGGCGUCCGCAUUAUUGCCUUUACAAGAGUCAGAGAGCAGUGCGAAAAACUUGUCACGGCGGUGCAGCAGGAACUAGAAUCACUUGGGCGAUCAGAGUGCGUAAACAGAGUCAUGGGCUAUAGAGGUGGUUACACGGCGCAAGACCGACGGCGAAUCGAGUCAGAGAUGUUCGAGGGCAAACUCCUCGGCAUCGUCGCGACCACGGCCUUGGAGCUUGGUAUCGAUAUUGGCACACUGGACUGUGUGCUGACGUGGGGAUUUCCCUAUACCAUCGCUAACUUGCGUCAACAGAGCGGUCGAGCUGGACGAAGGAACAAAGACUCGCUUUCAGUGUUGGUGGGCGACUGUUUUCCCACCGACCAACAUUACAUGCAGAAUCCUGAUGAAAUUUUUUCCAAGCCGAAUUGUGAGCUGCAGGUCGAUCUGGAGAACAUGCUGGUGCGGGAAGGACACAUCCAGUGUGCCGCAUACGAAAUGCCUAUUCGACCGGCUGAGGAUGCUCAGUACUUUGGCAAAGAUUUGCCCAUGAUCUGUGAAGAGAGGCUGGUGAAGGAUCCUCUGGGCUUUUUUCAUUGCCACGAUCGAUUUCGCCCCAUCCCUUCGAGAUUCGUCGCCAUCCGUGACACUGAAGAUGAUCACUUCGCCAUUAUCGAUAUCAGCCACGGUAAGAAUGAGGUCUUGGAGGAGCUUGAAGCAUCAAGAGCGACGUUUACAAUAUACGACGGUGCCAUUUUUCUUCACCAGGGAAGCAAGUACCUUGUCAGGGACUUCCAGCCCGAAAAGAUGAUGGCGCGAGUGGAGCGCGUCAAGGUCGAAUGGACCACAACGCAACGGGACUUUACCGAUAUUGAUCCAAUCGAGACGGAAGCCAUUCGCAAGAUAUCCGGAUCCAUGUCAAGAGCGUUCUACGGCACAAUCAAGAUCCAGCAGAACGUAUAUGGAUUCUUCAAGGUAGACAAGAAGAAGCGUGUGCUCGAUGCCGUGCAUGUCGACAAUCCUCCCGUCAUCAGAUACGGCAAGGGAAUGUGGCUCGACAUACCCAAGAAAGCCUUGCAGAUCCUAGUCGACCGGCGAUUGAAUAUCGCUGCGUCAAUCCACGCGGCUGAGCACGCCAUCCUCAGCCUGAUGCCCAACUUCGUCAUCAGUCUGCCAGGCGACGUCCGAACAGAAUGCAAAAUCGCGCUGAAGGAGUUCGCAAAGAAGGACUCCCAGAGGAAGAGGCCAGGGCGACUAACGUUUUAUGAUGCCAAGGGCGGUGCCAGCGGGUCGGGGAUCAGCACCAAAGCGUUUGAGCACGUCGACCACCUCCUGCAGCAGGCCGUGAAACGAGUCGAGGAUUGCUAUUGCGAGCACGGCUGCAGGGAGUGCGUGGCGUCGGACCAGUGCAAGCAGGCAAACGAGGUGAUGAGCAAGGCUGGCAGCCAGGUAAUUCUGAAGACCCUGCUCAACUUGGAGAUUGAUGUUGAUGCGUUGCCGAUGGGUCCUGAAGAGUACUGCCCGGCGGGCAUUGAGACAGUUGUCGUGGCCCAGACCGUGCCGCCCAAGGAUGGGAAUAGCCUCAGGCUGAUGGAGAUUAAGGAGGAGGAGUUUGAUGAUCAUGACACGGUAUUGUUGGAAGAGGCUGAGGCGUGGACUGGUCAGGAGGAGACAACGCAAGAAGGUGAAGAGGUGUGA